UAUGUCAAUUCCUUACUCUAAAGUUUAAAGUUUAAUGUUCUUAUUAUAGUUGGUUUUUAAAUUUUUUAAAGUUUGUGUCGGUGAAAUAAGAGAAGGAUAAGUAAGAUCUCUACUCUUAACAAGCAGUUGAGAGGGAGGAUGUCGUAGUAUAUGAUUAGAGUCCCCUAAAUUAGAGAUUGCAAGAUAGAGUCCGGCAAGACUAAAGUCCCUUAAGUUCUUAUCGGAUUUUAGGCAAGACUCAAGCAAUAUGGCGAUGUCCUUGUCAGAUUCUAUCUUAAGGGACUAGGUGUAAUCAACGAACCGAGCUGUUUAUAGGUUUUUUUGACACUUGAAGAAACAUAACCUGAAAAAGUGUAUAUUGUUUUGAAAUAUUAUUUAUAUUGACUUUGAUUGAUUUUUUCAAUCUAAAAUAUCGAAAAUGGGAGGCUGUUGUGUACCAGGUUGUUCAAAUUCUAGUAAAAAAAAAUUCAUUAUGAAAGUUAUUCCUCGAGAUCCUGAACGUCGUAGAAAAUGGAUAGAAAAUAUUGGACGAAAGAAUUGGGUUCCUAGUGAUCGAACAUACAUUUGUGAGGUCCACUUUGAACCUGAUAUGUGGGAAAAGCCUCGAGAAGAUGGCAAAAGGGUAUUGAAACUACGAGCAGUUCCUACAAUUUUUCCAAAUCGAAGAAUUAUCUUAAACAGUAAAACGACUGGUUCAAUGAAUACAGGAUUGACUGAUUCAAGCAUUUAUGGUGCCAGCUCUAAUGAGAAUAUUUCGGGGGAUCUAGAAUUUGCAUUAGAAGAAGAACUAUUAAAUGGGGAAAUAUUGAAUAAUGAACAGAAUCUUGAUACAAACUUGGAGUCUAAUAAAGGAUCAGAUCAAAAUCUAAUACUUAUAGAAAUUAAAAAUUCUUCUUAUUCAAAUGCGGAGAACGUUAAUUUAAUCGAUAACACAUCAUUAUUGAAUAAUCAACGGAACUUAAUAACGCUCAAUGAUCAAGAAAAAUUAGAACGCGCCAAUAAAUUAUUAAUGAAUCAACAAAAGUUAAUUAAACGUUACAGAAAUAUGAUUAGACAACUUAAACAUAAAAACGAGACAUUAAUGCACAAUCACUACAGAAAAAUUUUAGAAAAUUUAUUUAAUAACGAUCAGAUCGAAUAUUUGAGAAUAAAAUUAAGUUAUGGAAAGAGAGUUAGAUCUUGGUCAAAUGAAACUAUACGAGAUGCUCUUAAAUUAAAAGAUAUCUGUGGGACAAGGGGAUAUGAAGAGUUACUGAGACGACAAUUUCCUUUUCCUUCACUUCGAAGUCUGAGAGAACGAAGAGAAAAAGCAUUGAAAGAUAAAUCUUUAGAAAACUCAGAUUCAGAUGUACAUAUUUCAUAUGAAGAUCAACAAAAAAUUAACAAAUUUGCAAAACAAAAUGCACAAAUGGAUGAUUUAAAAGAAGAACUUAAAAUAAAACAGAAUAUAAUGGAUAUCGCUAAAGAAUUAGUAAUGCAAAUGAAAACAAAAAACAAAUCACAUGUAGGAUAUGGAUUGCAAGCUGAAUGUGAAGCAUUGGUGGGUCAUAUCAUGAAAAACAUGAUGAAAUCUUCAAUGCCAUCAUUUAAAAUUGAAGAAAAAAAUGAAAAAGAUUCUAUCAAAUAUCGAGAAGAAGGUAAUCAACAAUUUGUUAGUGGAGACGAUUUAGAAGCUAUUGAAAGUUUCACCAAGUCUUUAGCAUAUGCUGAUUCAAAUGAAUUAAUGGCGUAUGCUCAUGCUAAUCGUUCUGCUGCUUUAUAUCGAAAACAGUUAUAUCGAGAGUGUUUAUUAGACAUUGAUGCAGCAUUAAGAUUAGGAUAUCCAGAACAUAAGCGGAAAAAGUUAGAGGAAAGACGAAUGAAAACCCUACAAAAAAUUGAUGAAUCUUGGUUUGCAAAAAUUGAAAGAGAAAAAAAAAUAUCUACAGAUUAUUGCUGUAAAAACAAAAAGAAUAAUUUAACAGAUGAACAUAUUAAAAACAUUAUUGAUAAAAUGGAGAAUGAAAAUUUAGAAAAGCCUAAACCAAAAUAUUUAUCAAAUCCAAAAGUAAUGGAGUUACCUUAUGGUCCUAGUAAAGAAGCACCGGCUAAUAGUGAUGGUAUACAAAUUUCUUUUUCACAAAAAUAUGGACGACAUUUAGUUGCUACAAAAAAAUUUAAACCAGGUGACAUUGUAACCAUCGAAAAACCUUACUGUUGGGUUAUUUACCGUGACAAAUUUUAUACUCACUGUCAUCAUUGUUUGGAAAGAUCGUAUUGUUUAAUUCCAUGCCCAAAUUGUCCGAUUGCUCAAUAUUGCUCUGAAAAAUGUUGUAAACUUAAUUGGGAUUUAGCGCAUAAUAUAGAAUGUUCAGUUUUUAGUAUUUUAGUUAAUCUUUUAAAUAUUGAUCAAGAUAAGUUCCGAAUGAUUACAAAAAUCAUGCGUCUCUUGAUAACUGUCACAUCAAAUGGAAAAAAAAUUAAUGAAUUACGAGAAGAUAUGAAAAUUGCUGAAAUAAAUCCUGAUAAUAGAACUGCAGGUUUCACCGUUAAUGGUACAUUUGAAAGUAUGAAUGCACGAUGUGCUUUAAGUCUUGCUAUGAAUAUGACUACUCGUCCACUCAUUGGUAUCAGUGCUUUUGCUUGCAUUUCUGCACUCACAGCAAUCAUUUUGGCAACUCAAACAAAUCUAUUUGGAAAAAAAUAUUCAUUUGAUGAAUUACAUGAUAUUGAUUCAUUAGCAGACAUUAGAUUCUGUGGAAGUUUAAUGUUGAGAGCUUGUGUAAUAACAUCAUCGAAUUGUUUUUCGAUUCAACCCGAACCAGGUAUUAAAUCUGGUUCCGGACUCUUCGUAACUCACAGUUUGUACAAUCAUUCUUGUGCACCAAAUACUUUUAGAUAUUUUGAAGGUCUUAUUAUGAUAACUCGUUCAAUGGAACCAAUUAAUGUUGGUGACCAAGUUUUUACAGGAUAUGGCGCUGAUUAUUCUUAUAUGCCAAGAAAUAAAAGAAAAGAGAAACUCAUGGAAGAAUAUUUUUUCGAUUGCCAAUGUCCAGCAUGUGUUAAUGAUUGGCCGACUUAUGAAGAAAUACUGAAAAAUCAUGUUGGAUCGAUAAAGAAAAAUAAAAAAUUAGUUGAUCAAUUAAAACCAUAUAAACAACAACUAAUGGAGAAUAAAUUUGACAUUGAAGCAGUAAAACAAGUUCUUCAAAUACUUCAUGAUAAUGUUGAAAAACCUUGUGAAGAAAUAUUACAUGCCGUACAUUAUCUACGAAGUUAUUAUUUGGAUUAUGAGGAUACAAAUUUGGAGUUUUAUCUAUGAAGAAAUUUACAUAUAAUUGUGCUGUUAUUUCAACUGUACGUUCUGUUAUAAUAAAAAUUAUAAUCAUCAAGAGAAU